AGUCCAUUCCAGAGACUUUUGUAUACAACAUAGACAUCAUUUUUCACAAGCUGAUCUCAAUCAAAUUAAUCAAGAAACCAAAGAAAAAACGAAACACGCCAAAACAAAUAGCGAUUCUUUAGUCAUUGCAAACUGCAAACAAGAAGACGACAAUGAAGCCUCCCCUGCCUUCCUCUUCCUCUUCGUCCUCCGUCCUCAGAAAGCCGCCACGUCAGCUCUCUCCCUACCUCUUCUCCUUGCUCGUCUUCAUCGUCUUCGUCGCGAUCCUCUACGGCGAGGACGUAAUGUGCAUCUUCAGCCAACAGCUCCAACUCGCUCCCGACUCGGCCCCACCCGCGGGUUUGGCUCUGGGUAGAGAGAGGAGGAUUGCUAAGGAGAAGCUGCCGUUCGCCGUCGGGAAAACCGAGGAGAGUUGCGACGUGUUUAGCGGGAAAUGGGUAUGGGACGAGUCGAGAUCGCUUUACGAAGAAUCGGAGUGUCCUUAUAUACAGCCACAGCUCACCUGCCUCGAACACGGUCGACCGGAGACAAAGUACCAGAACUGGAGAUGGCAACCCAACGGCUGCGAUCUUCCCAGGUUCAAUGCCACACUGAUGCUCGAGACCCUGCGAGGGAAGCGGAUGAUGUACGUAGGAGAUUCUCUGAAUCGGGGUCAAUACGUCUCCAUGAUUUGUCUUCUUCACUCACUCAUUCCUGAAGAUGAAAAAUCCAUGGAAACCUUUGGUUCAUUGACCGUUUUCACUGCCAAGAAAUACAAUGCCACGAUUGAGUUCUAUUGGGCACCAUUUCUUCUUGAAUCAAAUUCAGACGAUGCAAUUAUCCAUAGAGUAUCUGAUAGGAUUGUCAGAAAGGGGUCCAUCAAUAAGCAUGGCAAACAUUGGAAGGGCGUCGACAUAAUCGUGUUUAACACUUACUUGUGGUGGAUGACCGGAUUGAAGAUGAAGAUCUUGCUUGGAUCUUUCGAUGAUGAAGUGAAGGAUAUCAUGGAGCUAUCCACAGAGGACGCUUAUCGUAUGGCGAUGAAGAGCAUGUUGCGAUGGGUGCGGAUCAAUAUGGACCCUAAAAAGACAAGGGUCUUCUUCACUAGCAUGUCACCUACUCAUGCAAAGAGCAUAGAUUGGGGUGGUGUACCAGGCCGCAACUGCUUCAAUGAAACAACCAUGAUAGAAGAUCCAACUUACUGGGGUUCAGAUAGUAGGAAAAGCAUAAUGCAGGUGAUUGGAGAAGUCUUUAGUAACUCAAAAGUGCCCAUCACAUUCCUCAACAUCACCCAACUCUCAAGUUAUCGCAAAGAUGCGCACACGUCGAUCUACAAGAAGCAAUGGAACCCAUUGACCCCCGAGCAGUUAGCAAAUCCCGUUAGCUAUGCUGAUUGUGUGCAUUGGUGUUUGCCUGGCCUUCAAGAUACUUGGAAUGAGCUGCUUUUUGCCAAACUCUUUUACCCUUGAAGAAUGUAGUCAUGAUCAGUGGUAAACAAUUGUUUCCUUUGUCAGAUAUCGCCGCGCGAUCCGAUCGAGCGCACGUGAUUGUGAGCGGGAUUUAGGAUAAAUUUUUCCAUUCAAUUGUAGCAAUAUUGAUGUAUGGGGAGUUUUUGGUUUUUGGGAGAGGGGCAAGGGAAGGUGAACGAAUGACAACAGGGGUCAUGAUCAUUGUAAAAUCUCGCACAUGAAAGGAAAAAUACAAGAAAAUUGAUUGAUUUUUUUGUUUUUGAAAUUGGUGCAACUUUAAAGUGAAGAAUUUCAUUGGA